AUGAGUAGUAUAGAAAAUCCCAAUGAAAAUAGCUUUAAGAAUGCUAUGAGUGAUAUUCUUAAUGGUUCCAUAGCCGGUGCAUUUGGGAAAGUGAUUGAAUAUCCUUUUGAUACAGUCAAAGUUAGACUUCAAACUCAAGGCUCGAAGAUGUUUCCAACAACUUGGUCAUGUAUAAAAUACACAUAUAACCACGAAGGUGUUCUGAAAGGCUUCUUUCAAGGAAUUGGAUCUCCAAUAUUUGGAGCUGCGUUAGAAAAUGCCACACUGUUUGUUUCAUAUAACCAAUCAUCUAUGUUUCUGGAAAGACAUACCAAUGUGUCCGCAAUGAAUAAUAUUCUAAUAUCAGGUGCAUUUGCAGGUUCAUGUGCAAGUUUUGUAUUAACCCCAGUGGAAUUAAUCAAAUGUAAACUACAGGUUUCAAACUUAAUGAAGGAUGUACAAGGCCAAGUUAGACAUACUAAGAUAAUCCCAACUUUGACCCAUAUUUUGAGAGAAAGAGGUAUAUUAGGAUUAUGGCAAGGUCAAUCAAGUACAUUUAUUAGGGAAUCACUUGGUGGUGUCGCAUGGUUUGCAACCUAUGAAAUUAUGAAAAAAACGCUGAAAUCUAGACAUGGAGGAGAAGACAGUAAGACUUGGGAACUGCUGGUAAGUGGUGCUAGUGCCGGUCUUGCAUUCAACGGAAGUAUCUUCCCAGCAGAUACAGUGAAAUCAAUGAUGCAAACUGAACGUAUCUCAUUGAUGAAUGCUGUAAAAAAAGUUCUAACUACACAUGGUAUUCCUGGCUUCUAUAGAGGAUUAGGUAUAACACUUAUAAGAGCUAUUCCGGCCAAUGCUACCGUCUUUUAUGUGUAUGAAACGUUAUCAAAGAUGUAG